AUGGCCGAAACCAAACUCAAAGACCUUAGCUCCCUAAGGCCCUCCCUCAAAAAACUAAUCAACGCCCCCUUCGCCUCCCCAGCCACAACCCCGGCCCCCCCUCAAAUAAGAAACAUCUACCAGCGGCUCUCCCGCGAAGCCAAAUCGCGCAAAUACGGCGAACGUCCCUGGAUAACCAUAGCUGCAGCAGCAACCUUCACGCUCAACUCCCCCUCCUCCCUCUCCCACCUCCACUCCACCUCCUCCUCCCUAAUCCCCCACCCAACCCUUCCCUCCCUCACCCCCCCCCUCACCCCCCUCCUCCUCGCCGAACUGAUCCGCGAAGUCGGCCUCAAAUGCAUCUCCUUCAAUGGAAUCCCUCGCACAAUCAACUGCCUCAACGCCUUUCGCUCAGACCUGGAGGUAAACCCCUGGUCCAGCUCCCUUUCCUCGGUCCCAUCACGAACCGUCACUACCUCAAACAUCAACAAUACGAUAAGCAGGGGAAACGCGCUCUGGAAGUCUAUCUACACACCCCAUCACGGGAAACUAACCCAAAAGCUUGCACUGGCACAUCCCGAUUUGCCGGGGUAUAUUCUCCAGGGUCACUACGCCAUGUUACUCGCCGAUCCACCGAGGCAUGUGGAGGGCGGGGUGCCGAGACAGGCGAGGUUGGGGCGGUGCCUGACCAGUCUUGUGGCGAUUGCGUGUUUGAGAGCGCAGAGGGGGGUUGGGCCGCAGGUGUUGAGCCAUGUUUACGGGUUGAGGAAGGCUGUGGAGCAGGGGUUGCACAGGGAGGAGUUUGAGGACGAGGAGGAGAGGGAGGGGAUGGAACGGUUGGCGGGGGAUGAGGGGUGUGAGUGGAUUUUGGAGAGCGUUGACAAAAUCGCGAGGGCGAUCGGGGGUGGGGGAUUUGCCGGUUGGGAGCGGGAGGUUGACCAGGACCAGGACCAGGACCGGGACCAGCAGGACGGGGUGGAGGAUGAUACGAGGCUGGAUGGGGAGGUGAGCGAGGUUGGGAAUGUGGCGGAGGAGAUGGAGGAGGAGCUGCAGGGCGGGACGGGGAGCGGGAUGGGGAGGGGGAGGGAGUCCAAGUUGUGA